ACCAUCGCCUUGCUCUGCCGCUGCCGCCUUUGACCUGCUGUAAAUUUAUUACAAUUUAUAAGAGUAAAUAUUAAAUAAAAGCAAUGACGGGCAUCAUGGAUACAGUAGAAAUGCCUAAAUUACCGGAAAAUCAAAAAACUUUUGCGGGAAUACCCGAAGCAAUAUUUUUAGAGGAAAUUGAUACAUUUAUGACACAACCCGAGAACGAGAAUUGUGAAAAGGUGUUGCAACGGCUGGACGAACAACAUGGAAAGUAUCGAUUCAUGGCCUACAACUUGGAGGCGCGCCGCCGCAAGCUAAAAUCUCAGAUUCCCGAUCUGGAGCGGUCGUUGGAGAUGGUGAAUGUGCUGCGCAAAGAGAAAGAGGAGCGCGAAACGCAAUUCUUGCUCAGUGACCAGGUGUUCAUCAAGACGCUGGUGCCGCCCACAAAAACAGUUUAUCUCUGGCUGGGAGCCAGCGUCAUGCUGGAGUAUCCACUAGACGAGGCCGAGGCGCUCUUAAAGCAAAAUAUUACAUCUGCUGUGGGCAAUCUUAAGUCAGUGGAGCACGACCAGGACUUCCUUAGAGAUCAAAUAACCACAACCGAGGUUAACAUGGCGCGGGUCUACAAUUGGGGUGUUAAAAAGCGGCAGGCCGCGGCCAAAACUAAUGCCAAUAGUACGCCCUCGUAGAUAACCCGUAGAGGUUAAAACUUAAAAAAAAAAAAGCACGCAAGGUAAAUCGGGUGUUGUCCCUUAUAUAUAUUAUUUAUUUGUUUGAAAA